GAUGAAGUUUGCUCAUUAAUUGAAAACAUAAUGAUCGCUUUGUCAAUUAAUUAGACACCAAAAUGCUGAGAGCUGUAGGUGUUUUCAGGUGAGUGAAGUGCGAAAUAAACCCUUUUUCUUGCUUGAUCCCAAAGGUCAUCGUUGCGAUGAUAUUUUAACGAGGUGGGCCGAGGCUGUGUUUACAAAAAGAUGUGAUGGAUAACUUGUUUCAUUCAUAUGGCAAGAAGACUAAAAUUGGCCCUUUUUCUGUGAACAUUGUCAGUGCUGUCAGAUCAUUCUCGAUGACGUGCUUUGAUUGACAGUACACUAAGUUUGUACAGGCGUAUACUUUUCACAAGGCAAUAUUAGCUCAUUAAACUCGCUGAUUUUAAUAAUUCUGCUUAUGGUUAAUUUGAUGAAAGCUUGACGUAUUAUAUUGAGAUUAAUAAACGAAUCCCCUAACCUCUGGCGAGAAAAUAUAAGAAAGUAAGAACAUAAAAUUUUAAAAUUGAUAAUAAGUUUAAUAAAAGUUUUAUGCCAAUCACAGAGCACAGAGACUGUAACUCAAUGUAAAGCCUAUAAAAAUAUCACAAUAAUUGUUCUCAAAAAUUUGUUGAGAUAAUUCAAAUACAAGGUUGGAUUGUUUGUUUGUAUAAGACAGCAAUUUACAAAAACAAUCCCUCAGGCGGGGCUGUCACUCCCCCCCCCCCCCCCCCCCCCCCCCNACUUGAUGACUCUGAUCGUUUCAAUUUUGCAAUAACACUAAACGCAUGAAAACCAAUCAGAUUAUUAUAUUACAGUGGCAUACCACAGUUGAUGAGGAAUUGUUCAAUGUUAAAAUUAAAAACAGCUCAAAAAAUGCAAAAAUUAUAGUGAAAAUCUUCUUGUUGGAAAGUCAAGUCUACUGAAGAAAUGGCAAACUUUGGCGAUUAUUGUGGAGCUUUUUAUUCUCUAAUCUGGAGACUUGGAGAUACUGUCCAAAUCUGGAGUCUCCCAGAUUAUCCAGGAGAGUUGACAGCACUGCUGAGGGAUGGUUGCCAAAAAUAGUACUGGGAGCUUGAAGGUUAGAGUUGGUGGAGGGGCUGAUUUUCAAAGCAUUUGAAACUGGAGGUACAUUUCUCUCCUUUAUGUAAGCCAUAUAGGUAUGUGCUGCCCCAACGGGUACGGUUUUUGCACCGUUUUGGUCUGAGAACAGGUAUGGUUUACAAAGAAACACCGGAAUGUAUGAUUGUAUCUUCAUUUCAAUUUCAAAUGAAUAAGAGAGAAAAAGAAACAUGGGAAUUCGAAAUGGAUUUUAAGAAAUCUUUCUUGUUGGCAUUCUUAUCUAAGUAAUGAUGACAUAAGCCAGGUCAGGCCAGGUCAGGCCAGAGGCCAGGUCUGAAAAUGGGUGUGAAAAAUGGCAUUUUUUGGUCUGAAAUAGGGUCAGGAUAUGGAGAGCCAGGUGGCACACCCCCACCAAGAAUUCCUAGAAGUACCCCCCUCCCUCCCCCACCAGGGAUUUCUCUAUAAUGGCAAAAGAGGGUCAUAACAUUUUUACCUUUGUGUUGAUCCCAGUGUCAAUUGUUAAUUAAAUUAAUUGAUUUAAAUACUUAAAGCCCCACUCUAAUAAAUCAAAAAUAAUGUUGUCCUCGAGAAAUAUUUAUAAAUUUGGUAACUAUGUUUUUUAAGAAUGAAGCAAAUGUGGCAGCUUUGUUGGAAACUGUCUUAAUUUGAGAGAGAAUUCUUAUACCCAGCUGAGUUCAGUUUCCUCUGUUUGUAUUUCCUCAAGCUACGAGUGCUUGUGUGCAUGUUGUGUGUAUUCCUUUUUUUUGUAUCUGUCUGACGUAUGUCUGAACAUUUGUUGAAUUGCAGCCCUCACUGUGAACACUGUCUAAGGAGAAAUGCAGUGGAGAAAGCUGGCAAUUGGAUCUCUAGAAAAUCAUCCCUUUCGUUCUCAGCAAGCUCCAAACCCAUUUUUCAAAGAUGUCAUAUUCACAGUUUAUUAUUUCUUAGACAAAGGAACAUUAGAACAUUCACCAAGACACCACAUGGAGUAUUUCCUGGUGUUACUCGGAUACUCAUUAACAAGAAUAUGUACAGUGAGCGAAUGUUCACUACCCAUAUUGUUCGGGCAGUAAUGCGGGUAGCAAGACUUAGAUAUUUUCUUCUUGGAGCUGCUGGGGCUGGUGGUGUUGCUGCUAAAGUGGUAAGUUUUAUUUUGAGAUGUAGUUUAAUUUUCUCUUUUUAUUAUAUAGACAUGAGUGUUUUACUGGAAAAUAUACCACUCGUAAAAUUCAUAAAAACUACAUCCGGGACCCGAGUGGUUUAUUUUCCAUAAUCUCACAUGUGAGUUUAUCGAUGACGUAAUUUCGGUAAUUUCCCUCCAAAAUUUGUAGGCGUCUUGCAUCCUUCGAAUUUUAAUUACACAUUUUUCAAAGCUUUGCUUAUAUUUUGUCAAUGUACAGCCCUAUUCAGCUCAGUGUUAUUUCUCAAGAUUAUUGUGAACAAUGUCUUAUAUCGUUGUACUGUAAAUUUGAGCCGUCACAAUUACUUUUUGGCGAAUAAAAAUCUAUUAUUUUAUCGAUGUCUUUUUGUCUAUAUAAUAAAAAGAACAUUACACGGUGGCUUGAAGAUUCAUAAAAUAUUGUUUUGCCACUCGAAAGUAAAAUUCAUAUCUUCGCGCCACUGUGUAAUAUCCUCUAUAUAUACACGUCAUGCAGAAAACACAACCCAGACAUAUAUGCACUGUGUUUUAAUAGACUUAUUUAAAGUGUUAUUAUAACUUAAAAAACUAUUAUUUUAAUGUAAAUAAUACAAUGUCACUACAUGUAUGAAACUUGCUGCGAGGUCAAUUUUGAAGCAUGCUAGGUUUACACUACUUACUCCGUACUUAAAAUGCAAUUUAUUUUCUAGCUUACAAUAAUCUUUUCCAAAAUGCAUUGUGUGGUUGCUUAUUAUUUUGAGGUGCACUGUGAUGAGCAGGUAGGUAAUUAAACAUAGGCACGUUAAACGUGCAUGAGCUAUUUUGAAUGCUUCAGUGUAACUUUAAUGCUUCUGUUUAACUUUACCAAGAGUGAUGAAUCUACCUCUUUCAUCCUAAAUGUAGCUUGGGUUUUUGUGCGAAAUUGCGUAUUGCGGUACAUAAAUGAAAACGCGAAACGCUCAGCUGAGUCGAUCCUCAAGCUAUAUAUUCACUUUCCUCUGUCUUUCCCUGUUACAUCUGGUGCAAGUUAAACAAAUCGUUAAAGUGAAAUAAAUUUCUACUCACCAAACGUUGAUUAGAAAGAAAACUUGAAGGUUUCCUCGGAGUUUCUUAAGCCAAAAUGUGACUCAUCGAAUAUUGAAUAGUUACGAAAUACCAGGAUUUUUAUCAUUGUGGUAGAUGAUUGCANCCACUCGAAAGUAAAAUUCAUAUCUUCGCGCCACUGUGUAAUAUCCUCUAUAUAUACACGUCAUGCAGAAAACACAACCCAGACAUAUAUGCACUGUGUUUUAAUAGACUUAUUUAAAGUGUUAUUAUAACUUAAAAAACUAUUAUUUUAAUGUAAAUAAUACAAUGUCACUACAUGUAUGAAACUUGCUGCGAGGUCAAUUUUGAAGCAUGCUAGGUUUACACUACUUACUCCGUACUUAAAAUGCAAUUUAUUUUCUAGCUUACAAUAAUCUUUUCCAAAAUGCAUUGUGUGGUUGCUUAUUAUUUUGAGGUGCACUGUGAUGAGCAGGUAGGUAAUUAAACAUAGGCACGUUAAACGUGCAUGAGCUAUUUUGAAUGCUUCAGUGUAACUUUAAUGCUUCUGUUUAACUUUACCAAGAGUGAUGAAUCUACCUCUUUCAUCCUAAAUGUAGCUUGGGUUUUUGUGCGAAAUUGCGUAUUGCGGUACAUAAAUGAAAACGCGAAACGCUCAGCUGAGUCGAUCCUCAAGCUAUAUAUUCACUUUCCUCUGUCUUUCCCUGUUACAUCUGGUGCAAGUUAAACAAAUCGUUAAAGUGAAAUAAAUUUCUACUCACCAAACGUUGAUUAGAAAGAAAACUUGAAGGUUUCCUCGGAGUUUCUUAAGCCAAAAUGUGACUCAUCGAAUAUUGAAUAGUUACGAAAUACCAGGAUUUUUAUCAUUGUGGUAGAUGAUUGCAUCAUCAUAAUUCACAAGGUUUUCACGUGCAAUUCUACUCAGUGAAACAGUCUUUAACUCCGACAACUUAUUUCUUCAUGUUUUAAAAGCUAUUGCUUCUCAAAAUACAAGAGCCUUUUUUAAGGCAUUGGUUACAAAACGAAACAGAUCUUCAUACGUCCAAGUUACUAUUUAUCAUUGUGAAAAGCCAAUCUGCAUGAGAUGUACAAUCACACAGCUGGCAUGUGAAAGUGUUGGACUUUGCCCCCUUUCGUGGUUCAUACGUGAGGGAAUUCGAGUUAUCACACAGUAAACUAGCUGAGUAAACAGAAUUAUAAAAAUAACUCACGCACACAAUUUGCACGUGAAGAUGUUGGUCUUUCGCCCUUUUACAAUUCGUACGUUAAAAAAAGGCAGAUUCUUUACUACAAAAUUUUGUCAAACGAUUUUGAGAAAUCACCUCGGCUUCAUUAUAACAUCUGCAAUUAAAUUAUGUUUCAUGCAACGUCAAGGUUGAUAACCUAACAUUUAUUAACAUUUGUGAAACAGUCUUUAACUCCGACAACUUAUUUCAUCAUAUUUUAAAAGCUAUUGCUUCUUAAAAGACGAGCCUUUUUUAAGGCAUUGGUUACUAAAUGAAACAGGUCUUCAUACGUCCAAGUUACUAUUAUUGUUGUGAAAAGCCAAUCUGCAUGUGAUGUACAGUCACACAGCUGGCACGUGAAAGUGUUGGACUUUGCCCCCUUUCGUGGUUUGUACGUGAGGGAAUUCGAGUUAUCACACAGUUAUCUAGUAAACAGAAUCAUAAAAAUAACUCAUGAACACAAUUUGCAUGUGACGAUGUUGGUCUUUGGCCCUUUCACUUUGUACGUAAAAAAGAGGCAAAUUGUUUUACUACAAAAUUUUCUUAAACGAUUUUAAGAAAUCACCUCGGCUUUAUGACAACAUCUGCAAUGAAAUUAUGUUUCAUACAAGGUCAAGGUUGAUAGCCUAACAUUUAUUAACUUCCAAGAAAAUUAUCAAACUGCCGAAAUAUAUUUCUACUUAUAUCAUGAUUAUUGUGUCAGCUAGCUUCCUCCAAUUUUAUUCCCUAACGCCACUGUUUCUACUUAAGUUACGCAUCUUUACUAAAUAGAACGAAAAAAGGUCGGUUGAACUUUGUAACCGAGAAAAUAAUAUUUUUAAAGCUUGUUUACAGGAUUAACAAUACUCGAUACAGCUUUCAAAAAAAUAAGCUGCCUUUUAAACUUCUAAAACCACAUUUUAUAGGGCGCAUACUUUCGAAUUAAAGUCUAUAUCUAAAUAUCAAUUUUGGCUUCAUUGGAAGAGAUUUGAAAAUAUAUUAUCUUUUAUACUCUAACCAGUUGUAGCAGGUGAAACAGAACUCACACUGACGUGCGUUGUACCGAUAGCCGAAUUAGGUCAGAAAUGCCUCGAAUCAGCAUCCACACUUAAAUAUGAACCCUUAAACAGCUGCAUCACUGUUCACAGCGUUUAAAUCAUGAAGAUAUUUUAUGUAAUGCUUCCAAACACCUGUACCCGCAAUAAAAGACGAAAAAAUUGUGAAGGAUCAAGAUGGCGGUCUCAAAGUGCCCUUGUUCGACCUUUACCAAUGCCAUGUUUAAAUAGAUGCCAAGAUCUCAUUGGUUCGUAAGCAUCAACUCAUUGUACCUUCAACCUAAUUGGCUCUUGCAACAAACAUCCCAACAUACAAAGCCACAAAGAUACAUAUGCUCACACCACUGACAUAUGAGCUAUUUUUUCAAAAUAGCUCAAAAAUGAUAAAAAGACUAAAUAAUGGUUAAUACUGUUUUUUCAGUUGAUUGAGAUAAUAUCAAAUUGCUCAGAUAAUAAUUAUUGGCAUCAUCUUCUUCAGACAUAUGAUUCAUGGAAGGACAAAUGGCUGCGAUUUCAAGAAGCUUUACCAGAAUUUAGUUGGCUAAAAGAAUUAAGAGACAGUUUGCCAGAUUUUUCCAACACUUUUGCAGGAGGUACGGCAUUUAUUUAAGAUGACAAUAUAAAUAACUGAAAAUCAAAGGAAUCCGUUACGUACUAUCCUAUACUAAAACCCAUGUCAUAUGUUACCUUACUGUAGUACUACAUGUAUCUUACUAGUUUUUAAGUAUCAUGUGUUGCAUUUACUUUACUAGCUGUACAGCUGUAGUACACACCAGACAAAGCUAUCUAAACCAAGUACAUAGUAGAGAAACCCAGAAAAAGAACUAUAUUUGAUGAUACCCAAACUUCAAACUUACUUUAUUAUACAUAGUAGACCAGAGUGUAGAUGGGUAUUAAAAGGUUCUUGAUUUUUGUGGUUCCAAUAAAAGAAAAAUACCUGUACAACUGUCUAUGGGGACAGGCUUUUAGUCAGACAUUGAAAACUGGCCAUCCAGAAGGCAUGUUUACCCAUAAAAUUAUGAGAUUAAGUUAAUUUUCCGUGUAUUUCUUCCAAAAAUGGUCAUCCAUAGAAUAGCAAAACACCCUUCUGGUUAAAACCUUAUAUGGAGAAAUAGUGGUAACUCCAUAGUUUACCUUGUGGUCGGCAAAAAGGCCUGGCGCUUCACUGGUGGAAGUACAAGUAUGUUAGAACUGGUGCAAGGUUUAUAUAUGCCAUGGAUUAAAUGAUUUUAAAAGUUUUGUGGUGCAUGUAUGGCAUAGCAAAAGGAACCAGAAGUUGGAAUUAAAAGCCGUGUUGACUGGUACUGAGGUUGAAGAUCCGGUGCAUCUCCAGGAACCGCCCCCAAAAUUUGGUGGAAAGCAUCAUUGAUGGAGUGACCAGCUGUGUUACAAUGCUUAGCAACAGGGAACCCAGUGCAAGUUUCUUAACACCUCAAGCUCGCCAAAUCAUUGUCUCUGUGUAUGUUACAGGUCAAACUUAUAUUCAGGUUAAGAUUUUUUAACAUACACUGUCGGUUAAUCUUCAUUUUUUUUGUCUCCUAGCCCUAAUCCUUGAAUAAUUAGGGCCAUGAGACAAAGGAAAAUAAAGAUCAACCCAGGCUACAAAAUUUUAACCUGAAUUUAAUUUUGACCUGAACAUGUACACCCAGUUUCACUGAUGUACAGGGCCCAGUUGUUCGAAGGCCGAUUAGUGCUUAACCCAGGGUUAAAUUUAACGCGAGUUUCUUUUUCUUUUGUUCAAAAACAUUUUCUUGGUAGUUUUUUCUCUUAUUUUGAAGAGCAUUCAAUCAUCAACUUCUUGAUAAAAAGAAUUAAACUGAAUUUACUUUUCAAGCUUUGUUAUCUGAAUUCAAAUUUCGCACCAACCCUAGGUUAUCUUAACUCAGCUUUGAACAACCCGACCCAGAACUGUAGAUAGCAUGGCAAUGGCAACAGGAGAUAAAGUAAACUUAGCCUGAAGUUUUGCAAGAAAAGUCCUUCCUGAUCACAGAAAAUAAUUGCCUGAAUGCUCUUUUGUGCAACUUAUACUUCCACUGAUGAAGGCCCCAGGCCCCAACAUUCGGACAGCAAAACAAUCUGUAACAUGACCCUUCUUUCCAUAUUUUUUUUCACUUUAAAGGAAUAUAUGCAUGCGAAAUAAUCUGACUGUUUUUGUUUGUCUACCUAUGAUAAUGUAAUUUAUUCUGAAUUUUUUGUUGUUGUUUUCUUUUUUUUUUUUCUUUUUUGCUUAUUAUUGCUCUUUGUAUAAGUAAAUAUAUUAUUUAUUAUUUUGCUGUCAGGCUUUUUUUGGGUUUAUUUUCUUUUGCUUUGCUUGUUUUUCAAUUAAUUUAAACAUUAACUACACUUUAGGCACAGAAGCUACUCGUGGUCUUGUUGACAAUUUGAAAGAAUUUGUGGAUAGUUUUUGGAAUGCAGGUACAGUAAGCCUUUCUCGUAAUAAUUUACAGAAUAUUCACGCAUGUUUCAAUGUAAAAACUGAACUCAUUUGAGACCACUGGUAGUUUUGCAGUUGCUUUUAUUUUAAAGAAAGCAAUAUGAUGUUGCUCUUUGUGUCUGCCUAGUGAUGGUUUGAAUUCAUUAUAAAUUAGUAAACCUCUUUUUCAUCUUCGUCCCAGAAGUCAGCCCUCCUGUGGUGUCAGCGGCUAUUAAAGCAGAAAAUGGUGAGAAGUUGUCCACACCAAGAAAAACACCAAUGGAAAAAGUUCGUACAACUCUAUCUUUGCUGUUACUUGCAGAAUGUAUUGUAUUUCUAAUCUAAUGACUAUAGGUAUUGUUAGAUCAUUGGUUAAAGAAUAUUAUUUGGCUCUUCCUUUUUACAGAUGCAAGAACGACUGGAGAAAUCUCAAGAAGAGCUAAUUGAAAUGCAGGUAAGAUAAUUAAUUUUUUGUUACAUUUGAGAUCUAUUAAACAAUUUUUGGAUGAGGUUUUUGUGAUAUUUUGGGAAUAAUCAAGGUCAAGGUAAGCGUUAUCUACCUUGGCCUUCAGCCUGGCUGAUACACCAUCGCAAGGAACCAAUUUGACGUUGCUGUUGGAAAUUAUGCAUUGCACGCACAACCUACAGAUUAGUCAGUUAUCUGUGAGCAGAUAACUAACUAAUCUGUACAUGUAGGUUGUGCUGAUUUCUAAAAUUUUCUAUAGGAUCUUAGGCAAUGAGGAGACAGAUAGUGAGUACAAUGUAUAAUAAUUUAUGUUAUUUGACGUAAUAAAUAAAUUUACAAGCUUUUACAUUGAUUCUACAUGUAUAAACCAUAAUAACAGUUACACUGUAAUAAAAGUAAGUCUACAAUGUUUUCCUUGAUAUAGCAAAGAUAUCAACGAGAGAUAGAAAAGCUUGAACGUGACAACCGUGAACUAAGAAAGCAAGUCAUCAUUCUUAAGGGUGACAGUGUGCCAACACCACGCAAGAUUAAGGUAAAUUGAAAUCUCCUUUCUAGCCUUGACCACACCCUGAAACCUGAAUCCUGAAAGAUGAACAAUUUGCUACCUUAAAUCUUGUCAUGUUCUUAUUAAAUUAAUACAAGCUAUGUAGCUAUCAUAAAAAUAUGUAAGCUGUCAUGGAAGUCUGCUAUUCUAAUUCAUUUGCUUAAUCAGGAAAAACCCUUUUUUGCAUUUAUGUACAUUGAACAAACUUAAUUUGGGUAAUUAUGUGAUUUUCAUCACCAGUUUCACUCUUCAUUGAGCCUUAAAUGGAGGAUUGUCUUUUUCAUGUAGUCCCAUAAAAAACUUAAAACUGCAGCAUAAUUUUAAAAGGAGUCAAUAUUUUGCCGAUUAGACUGAAGUGAAAAAUGAGAAUGUGAAACUUUUUCAAAAUCACUGUUUGAUGUGUAACAAAAUUUUAUUGUUUUCCUUAGAAAUCUUUGAUUGACAUGUAUUCUGAUGUGUUGGACCUUCUAUCAGAGUAUGAUGCAAGUUACAACACGACUGAUCAUCUCCCAAGGGUAUGUUUAUAGUGGUUGAGCAUGGAUGUAAGCUUUGGAACGACUGCACCUUAUCUUUUAAUGUGGCUAAAUGGGGUUUAGGCUAAGUUAAACAUGAAACAAUGCUGGCCAGAGGUUUCUCCCAGGGCUGGUGUGUGUGUGUGAGGGGGAGGGGGGGGGGGGGGGGCCCCUGGGGGGGUUCCACGGUUUUUACCGUGGGGUUACAGAUUAAAGCUUUUUUUGUAUUCUUGUCUCUCUAUCGGGGCGUUUUUCUCUUUUUUUUUCCCCCCCCCUUCCCCCCCCCUUCUGCUGUGGUGAGUGGGGGGAGAGUUUUUUUUUUCACUUUUUUUUUACUGUCCGUGGGGUGGGGGGGGGGGGGGGGGGGGGGGGGGGGGGGGGGGGGGGGUGCCUGCAGGGGCUUCACAUGCUUUACAGCUUGGCUUCAGAUGUCAAGUCAUUUUGCAUUCAUGUCUCGCUAUCGGGCAGUUUUUCGCUAGUUUUUUAGCCCCAGCCUUCCCAUCCCUCUUAGCUUGGUAAGUGUGUGGUAAGUAUCUUAGUUUCCACUGUUUUUUCAGUGCCUGGUGGCUGCCGCUCACAGGGUUGUCAUGGAUACCCUACACAUUCGGCUUGGUGUUAUUUUUGGCUCCACCUUCCUUUCAGGCACCAUUCCCCAAGCUCAUCUAUUGUUGAUGGGUUUAAAUAGCCUUGAAGUAAAAUAUUUGGCCACAACAAGUUCAAUAACUUCAUUAAAAAAUAAAAACAAAGAAAUUAAUACUGAUUGAAAGGCAGGGGGCAAAUAAUUUUGUCCACCAAUUCUAAAAAUGUUAGUCACAAUUCAUUGCAAUUUUCGUGGUAUCUUUUUUUCAGGUUGUAGUAGUUGGUGAUCAGAGUGCUGGUAAAACAAGUGUUUUAGAGAUGAUUGCGCAGGCUAGAAUCUUUCCAAGGUCAGUUGCUGGAGAUGGCUUUGCGACUUGAUCUGCCUCUGGAUACACCACUGUCGCUGUCAUCACUAUAGUCAUUAGGGAGUUUUAGCAUCGACGAUGGCUACGACAGCAAAAUCAUCACUUUUAAAAUGACUUAGCGUUUUUCAAACUUUAUCGCAAAAUGAAAAUGUCUAAUGUAGGUAAAUUUCUCUGGAGUUGAUUUCUUGGGGACCCACUUAAGUUUAGAAAGAGAAAGAAAAUUUUCCUGUCUCUUGUUUAUUUCCUCCAUAAAACGUGAAAUUAGGCAUUUUCACGUCCUAGUCAUGGAGCAAUGGGAAAGAAAUGUACAAAAAAGCGUGAUGCAGGUGCAAACUUGAUGUUUCGUUUAAUAAACCCAUAGCUGUUUUGACGUUCUUGUAGCUGUCACUGUCCUUGUUGCUAAAACUCCCUAUUGCAUCAUUCUCGCCAUAACGCUCAUCAUCAUUAUCAUCAUCAUUACCAUUGUCAUUGUCCUCCUCUUCGCCAUUAUCAUCGCCAUCAUCAUAUUCAAUAUUUCAAUCAUCAUCAUUAUCAUCAUCGUAUCAUCAUCAUUAUUGUAUGUUUGUCAUGUUUUUUGUCUGCAUUUGUGGCAAGAAUCCUUCUCAAAAUGGGUUGUGCAAAUUUUUCAUUAUUUAAACCACAAUAGAAUGCAGCCUUACAAAUUACAUGUUACUAUCCUUAAGAACAAUUCUCUGUAACAUUUGAGCAAAGUGGGAAAUAAAAAAUUUUGACCCCUCUCCCCUCAAAUUUUGCAUGCAAUUAGAUAUUGUGGGGGCAUGUUUAAAAAUGCAGUUUGUUCGGGUUGCUACUUACUACUACUAUUGUUGUCAACAAUAAAGUAGUAACCUGAACAAAGUGCAUUUUUAAACAUCCCCCCCCCUCACAAUAUCUAAUUGCUUACAAAAUUUUAGGGAGGGGGGGUCAAAUUUUUCAUUUCCCACUUUGCUUGUCUGUUACAGAGAAGUGCUCUCAAGUCUUUCUCAGCAACUGUAAAUUAGCAUCUUUUUUCAUCUCCUUGUGGUUGAAUUUACAAAGUGGUUUUUAUUUCUUAUGUUCAGUGAUUUACCCCACCCAUCAAUUUAUUUUGUGCUAUCACACUUGCUUAAGGAAAAUAAUAUAAAAUACAGAAAUCUAUCUAACAAUACAUUCCCUUAUGCUUUUAUAACUCUUUGUGUUGGCCUGAAAUUCAUCCGAUUACUUCGAGUUGUUUUCUCCUCUCAACAACGUCUGAAUCGACUGGCCGUUAAUGCCAUCCAGUGACAUCACUCACUACCCUAAAACCGAUUGAUUGGUUGUCUAAACAUUUGCAUAAUUAUGUAUAAUUGUGAAAAAUUUUAGCGGGAUUGUCGCUUGCUAUUCAGCGGAUCGCAUGCCUGGCAUUCUUUCGUUUAGUUCAAACAUUUUGAUAACCUUAAUCUUUAUCUUAAACAGCAAAAUUGCCCUUGUCUUCGAAACUGAAAUGCUAAAUUGAACUGCGAAUGAAGAAUCAUUGUGGAGAGUCGGUAGUUUUUUCAUUUAGAGCCGCUUUGUGUUUUCGGCAGCCGGGGAUUUUGUUUACGCAAAGUUUUCUGAGAUCAAUGUUAUAAUUCGACCUUCUUGCUAUUUUUACCGUCAAGUGUAAUGAUUCUGUUAGCUUUUCUUUCUUGUCUCCUUGUUUUUUUUCUUCGUUAAGGACCAUAUAGCUUCUUUUCAAUUAAAGCAAAUCAUUGUGUUUUUGAACUAAGUGUUCCGUGUGUGUGUUUAUUUCAUUGCGUGAUUGCGACCGAGUUUGAUUGUAGAAUUUAGUACAAACGGUUCGGAAAAAAUAAAGCAGUUCUGUAUCAUGCAGACAUUUCCAAACGAUAUUUCUCGGUUUGCCUCUUGAAAAUCGUGUUUUACUUUUUGCAUGAAUUAAAGCAAAGGUCAAGGAGUAGUGACGUCACUGGACAGCAUUAAUGGCCGGUCGAUUCAGAUGUUACUGAGGGAGUAAUAACGACUCUAAGUAAUCAGAUGACAUUCAGGCUAUCUUUGUGUUUCUUGCUAGUAACGUGGCAGUAAUACUUAAACCAGUUUAUUUAUAGAAGGUAUAAAUUCAUUUGCAGAGGUUCAGGGCAGAUGAUGACUCGAGCACCUGUUAUGGUAAAUAAUUGUUUCCAUUUUUUGUUAGGCAGGACUGUCACUAACAUUUCAACUUACUGGAGAAUUGAACAACUAGGAAGUUCUUUUGGUCUUAUGUUCCUUUUGUUGCCUAUUAAAGUAACCAUGCGUGGUGCUUAUAGUAGCUGGGCAGGUACCUAUCCCCUGGACCUUAGUGUCAGCCCAGUAGAUAACAGUGGGACCCGGUUAAUACAGCCACCAUUGGGCCCAAAAAAAAUUGGCUGUAUUAACGUGGUGGCCGUAUUAAUGAGGGCUUUUUUACAAGAAAAUGUAUGGUGGUUUUUGCCAGGCAGCAAAAAAAAAGGGCCAUAGUAAUGAGGUGGCCAUAAGGCGGGGUUCCACUGUAUCUCAUUGGUCAUCCAUAAUUUUUAACUGCCGCCUGAUUAGCUCAGUUGGGAGAGUGCCGGUCUGCUGAGCUGGAGGUCGCGGGUUCAAACCCCGGCCAGACCAACACUUAGGGUCUUUCUUUAGAAGAAAGUGCUGCCUUUGUAAUGUCAUCUGCAAAUGGUUAGACUUUCUAGUCUUCUCGGAUAAGGACGAAAAACCGUAGGUCCUGUUUCACAGCACUUUCACUGAUCUGUUCUUGUGGGACGUAAAAGAACCCACACUACUGUUCGAAAAGAGUAAGGGACAGAGACCCCCGUGGUGUGGCCAACCUUUAUGGGUUGUGGGAUUGGGUAGGGAUGGCACCUUGCAUGGGACCUAUGAGUCCUGUUCGUGCCUGUUCCGUCUGGGUAGGCCUGUGUCCAGAAAAGCUUGUAAAACAAAACAAUAAAACAAGUAAUCGUAUUUCUUAAUAAUCUAAACCAAAGUUGUGAGGAAGUCCUGGAUGUCACAGUUCUGAAAAAAAUUAAAAGAAGAGAUAGAGCAGCUAAAAAAUAUUAUGCCAUGCCAAGUGUAGAAAUGAAUUUUCUAUAUUUUUUUAGUACGCCUGAACAACGUACUUAGCUUCUUAGCUUGUAUUGGAUUACGACUUUGAGAUGGACGCUUUAUAAGUCUGACAAACUGACAUGGCUUGCUGACAAGAUCAUUUGUUAUUUGCUAUUAAAAACCGGAAAGGACAUAACCUAGGUCUAUUGAAGAACUGAAUUUCGAGCUCAUUUGUUUGCAACAUGUAGAACUCUUGGCCCCGUCUGUAAUAGGCGAAUCAAGGUAUUUAUAAGGCGGAAUAAAAUGGCAACAAAUGUAGAACAUGGCCGUACUAAGUGUACUAACGUACUAAGACCGAAUUGAACUAGGAACGUAGAACACAGCCGUACCGACUGUACUAACGUGAGUAAGGCAGAAUAAACUGCCAACAUACAUAGAACGUGGGCGCACUAAGCAUACUAACGUCAGUAGGGCACGGUGCCUCUUGGUGCAGUCUGGUGCAAUUUGGUGCAACUUGGUGUAGUUUGGUGCAGCUUGGUGCAAUUUGGUGAACUUUGGUGCAGAUUGGUGCAUUCUGGUGCAGAUUGGUGCAACUUGGUACAGAGUGGUGCAACUUGGUGUAGUUUGGUGCAACUUGAUGCAGUUUGGUGCAACUUGGUGUAGUUUGGUGUAACUUGGUGCAGUUUGGUGCAACUCGGUCCAGAUUGGUGCAACUUGGUACAGUGUGGUGCAAGUUGGUGCAGUUUGGUGCAACUUGGUACAAUGUGGUGCAACUUGGUGCAGAUUGGUGCAACUUGAUGCAGAUUGUGCAACUUGGUGCAGAUUGGUGCAACUUGGUGCAGAGUGGUACAAUUUUGUGCAACUUGGUGCAGUUUGGUGCAACUUGGUGCGGAUUGGUGCAACUUGGUGCAAUUUGGUGCAACUUCGUGCAACUUGGCCAUUUUGGUGCAACUUGGUACAGUUUGGUGCAACUUGGUGCAGUUUGGUGAAACUUGGUCCAGAUUGGUGCAACUUGGUACAGUGUGGUGCAAGUUGGUGCAAGUUGGUGCAGUUUGGUGCAACUUGGUACAAUGUGGUGCAACUUGGUGCAGUUUGGUGCAACUUGGUGCAGAUUGGCGCAACUUGAUGCAGAUUGUGCAACUUGGUGCAGUUUGGUGCAGAUUGGUGCAACUUUAUGCGGAGUGGUGCAAUUUGGUGCAACUUGGUGCAGAUUGGUUCAGUUUGGUGCUGAUUGGUGCAACUUGGUACAAUGUGGUGCAACUUGGUGCGGUUUGGUGCAACUUGGUGCAGAUUGGUGUAACUUGGUGCAGAUUGGUGCAGAUUGGUGCAACUUAGUGCAGUUUGGUGCAACUUGGUGCAGAUUGGUGCAACUUGGUACAAUUUGGUGCAACUUGGUGUAACUUGGUGCAGUUUGGUGCAGUUUUGUGCAACUUGCUGCACAUUGGUGCAACUUGGUGCAGUGUGGUGCAACUUGGUGGAAGUUGGUAAAACGUGGUGCAGUUUGGUGCAACGUAAUGCAGAUUGGUACAAUUUGGUGCAACUUGGUGCAGAUUGGUGCAACUUGAUGCAGAUUGUGCAACUUGGUGCAGAUUGGUGCAACUUGGUGCAGAGUGGUACAAUUUUGUGCAACGUGGUGCAGUUUGGUGCAACUUGGUGCGGAUUGGUGCAACUUGGUGCAAUUUGGUGCAACUUCGUGCAACUUGGCCAGUUUGGUGCAACUUGGUACAGUUUGGUGCAACUUGGUGCAGUUUGGUGAAACUUGGUCCAGAUUGGUGCAACUUGGUACAGUGUGGUGCAAGUUGGUGCAAGUUGGUGCAGUUUGGUGCAACUUGGUACAAUGUGGUGCAACUUGGUGCAGUUUGGUGCAACUUGGUGCAGAUUGGCGCAACUUGAUGCAGAUUGUGCAACUUGGUGCAGUUUGGUGCAGAUUGGUGCAACUUUAUGCGGAGUGGUGCAAUUUGGUGCAACUUGGUGCAGAUUGGUUCAGUUUGGUGCUGAUUGGUGCAACUUGGUACAAUGUGGUGCAACUUGGUGCGGUUUGGUGCAACUUGGUGCAGAUUGGUGUAACUUGGUGCAGAUUGGUGCAGAUUGGUGCAACUUAGUGCAGUUUGGUGCAACUUGGUGCAGAUUGGUGCAACUUGGUACAAUUUGGUGCAACUUGGUGUAACUUGGUGCAGUUUGGUGCAGUUUUGUGCAACUUGCUGCACAUUGGUGCAACUUGGUGCAGUGUGGUGCAACUUGGUGGAAGUUGGUAAAACGUGGUGCAGUUUGGUGCAACUUAAUGCAGAUUGGUACAAUUUGGUGCAACUUGGUGCAGAUUGGUGCAACUUGGUGCAGUUUGGUGCAACUUGGUCCAGAUUGGUGCAACUUGGUACAGUGUGGUGCAAGUUGGUGCAAGUUGGUGCAGUUUGGUGCAACUUGGUACAAUGUGGUGCAACGUGGUGCAGUUUGGUGCAACUUGGUGCAGAUUGGCACAACUUGAUGCAGAUUGUGCAACUUGGUGCAGUUUGGUGCAGAUUGGUGCAACUUUAUGCGGAGAUGUGCAAUUUGGUGCAACUUGGUGCAGAUUGGUUCAGUUUGGUGCUGAUUGGUGCAACUUGGUGCAGUUUGGUGCAACUUGGUGCAGAUUGGUGUAACUUGGUGCAGAUUGGUGCAAUUUGGUGCAGAUUGGUGCAACUUAGUGCAGUUUGGUGCAACUUGGUACAGUUUGGUGCAACUUGGUGUAACUUAGUGCAGUUUGGUGCAACUUGGUGCAGAUUGGUGCAACUUGGUACAGUUUGGUGCAACUUGGUGUAACUUGGUGCAGUUUGGUGCAGUUUUGUGCGACUUGCUGCACAUUGGUGCAACUUGGUGCAGUGUGGUGCAACUUGGUGCAAGUUGGUAAAACGUGGUGCAGUUUGGUGCAACAUAAUGCAGAUUGGUACAAUUUGGUGCAACUUGGUGCAGAUUGGUGCAACUAGGUGCAGUUUGGUGCAACUUGGUACAGUGUGGUGCAAGUUGGUGCAAGUUGGUGCAGUUUGGUGCAACUAGGUACAAUGUGGUGCAACUCGGUGCAGUUUGGUCCAACUUGGUACAGAUUGGUGCAACUUGAUGCAGAUUGUGCAACUUGGUGCAGAUUGGUGCAACUUGGUGCAGAGUGGUGCAACUUGGUGUAGAUUGGUUCAGUUUGGUGCAACUUGGUGCAGACUGGUGCAACUUGGUACAAUGUGGUGCAACUUGGUGCAGUUUGGUUCAACUUGGUGCAGAUUGGUGUAACUUGGUGCAGAUUGGUGCAACUUGGUGCAGAUUGUGCAACUGGGUGCAGAUUGGUGCAACUUGGUUCAGAGUGGUGCAAUUUGGUGCAACUUGGUGUAGUUUGGUGCAACUUGGUGCGGAUUGGUACAACUUGACGGCAAGUGGUGCAACUUGGUGCAACUUGGUGCAACUUGGUGCGGUUUGGUGCAACUUGGUACAGUUUGGUGCAACUUGGUGCAGACUGGUGCAACUUGGUGCAGACUGGUGACUCUUGGUGCAGUUUGGUGUAACUUGGUGCAAAUUGGUGCAGAUUGGUGCAAGUUGAUACAGUUUGGUGCACCUUGGUGUAACUUGGUGCAGUUUGGUGCACAUUGGUGCAUUUUGGUGCAGAUUGGUGCAACUUGGUGAAGUGUGGUGCAACUUGGUGCAGAUUGGUGCAACUUUGUACAGUUUGGUGCAACUUGGUGCAGUUUGGUGCACAUUGGUGCAACUUGGUGCAGAUUAGUGCAACUUGGUGCAGUGUGGUGCAACUUGGUGCAGUGGGUGCAACUUGGUGCAGUUUGGUGCAACGUGGUGCUGUUUGGUGCAACGUGGUGGAGAGUGGUGCAAUUUGGUGCAACUUGGUGCAGAUUGGUGCAACUUGGUGCAGUUUGGUGUAACUUGGUGCAGUUUGGUGCAGUUUGUGUGCAAUUUAGUGCACAUUGGUGCAUUUUGGUGCAACUUGGUGCAGAUUGGGAGAAUUUUGUGCAACUUGGUUAAGAUUGGUGCAACUUGGUACACAGUGUUGCAAUUUGGUGCAGUUUGAUGGAACUUGUUGCAGAUUAGUGCAACUUGGUGCAAUUUGGGGCAACUUUUUGCAGAUUGGUGCAACUAGGUGCAAUUUGCUGCAGCUUUGUGCGACUUGGUACAGAGUGGUGCAACUUGGUGCAGAUUGGUGCAUAUCGGUGCAGUUUGGUGGAACUUGGUGCAGUUUGGUGCAACUUGGUGCAGUUUGGUGCAUUUUGGUGCAGUUUGUUGGAACGUGGUUUAGUUUGGUGCAACUUGAUGCAGUCUGGUACACCUUGGUGGAGAUUGGUUCAACUUGGUGGAGUUUGGUGCAGAUUGGUGCAACUUUGUACUGAGUGGUGCAACUUAGUGCAAGCUUUUAGAGUAUUCAGUUUAUGUUGCUCAUACUCUUCUCUUGCGUCACCUGCAUUAACCUGCUAACCAAGCGACCAAUAUGCACCAAACUGCAACAAGUUGCACCGGUCUGCAGCAAGUUGCAUAAAAGUGCAGCAAGUUGCACCAAACUUCUUCCGAAUAUAUAUGGAUUUAAAAAGAAAAUUGCUGUAAAAUAUGAAACGGAAAAAUAUAUAAGUCUGCAUAGUAAAAAACAAAGGAUUUCUUUGAAGCUAAAUGGAUAGUGUCGCCUCUUGUAAAUGCUUAACUAUUUAAAGGUUUUAAUAAGCAUCCACAUUUCUAGUUUGUUUGAAUUUUAUUCUUUUUCUUUUUUUUUUUUGGUUACCGUCUAUUGUUAGUGAUAUUGGUUUUUUUUGUAUUUUAUUAUUAGUAUUAGUAAUAUUAGUUGUAACAUUAUAAUUAUGUAGGUAAGUAACUUAUUUGCUGUAUUAAUAUCAAUUUGUUUCAAUAAAGAAUUAUAUUAAAAAAAAAAAAAGUUGCACCAAACUGCACCAAAUUGCACCAAUCUGCACCAAGUGGGAGUAUGUUCGCCCAUAUAAUCAUGCUCAACCCACUUAUGAAAUGACUCCUUGGUUGAAACCUUUUAGAGUAUUCAGUUUACGUUGUUAAAACUCUUCUCGUGCAUCGCUAGUAAAGGACAACAGAAGGUCAAGAUUGUGUUGAUAAAAACACCAAAACACCGUUUCCCCUCAAGGUUUGGUUCAAAUUCUUUCAGUGCUAUGAAAACGAUUUUGGCCUGUGGCCAUAAUUGGCUAGCAAUGUAACAUUUUUGACCGAAAAAGGGUUGUAAUUUUUUUUCUUAUUAACCCUUUUAGGCUGCAGCAGCGACAUAUUAGGGAAAACUGUAUCGAAAUAGCUUAAACAGGGGAUUUGAAAGCUCUUGACCGCAAGUGUGCUGACAGUGCAUAUUUUGUUAACGCGGCCAUAUUCGCGAUAUAAGUUAGCAUUUUUUAGCCUUGAAAACGUUAUUGAUGCCCUAAAUACGGCCAUGUUCUCAAAAAGGUGGCAUUUAUUUUUCGGAGUUAGUACGUUAGUAUACUUAAUACGGCCAUGUUUUACAUAUGUUGGUAUUAAAUUUGGCCUUACUCUGUUUGCACGCUUAGUACAGUCGUGUUCUACAUAUGUUUGUAUUUUAUUUGACCUUCGUUCGUACGCUUAGUACGGCCAUGUUCUAUGUAUCUUGUUAUUUUAUUCGGUCUUAGUACGUUAGUACACUUAGUUCAGCCACGUUCUAUGUAUGCUGGUCAAUUAUUUGGCCCUAGUACGGCCAUGUUUUUUGUACGUUAUGACGGUCAGUACUGCUGUGUUCUACGUUUUUUGGCAUUCAAUUAGUCUUAGUACGUUAGUACCCUUAGUAAGGCUAUGUUCCAUUCCGCCUUGUUCUCGUUGGUAUGCUUAGUACGGCCAUGUUCCAUUUUCAUCCGCAUGUAUGCAUGGCUUUUGUGGGCUUUGUCAGUCAUGUUUUACGUCUAUCAAUUAGUGUUUUCAUAAGUUUUACAGCAAACACAGAGCACAGAAUAAAGCAAAGACAACUGAUAAAUAAAAAUAUGCAGUGACUUUACGCUUCACGCCCUCUUCACGCUUAACUUUCUGGAGUAGUAAGUAAAGACAUCAGAAUCCAGUAUACAUUGAGUUCAAUAAACUAAAAAAUAACUCACUAAAUUCCAAUUCCCCUAUCAGGCGUACUAUGCAAAAAAAAGAAUAGAAAGAGGUGCCUAGAACUCACAGCAUAUGUUCUUUUCACAUGAACAGCAAACACCUACUUAAGAUAGAUUUGUAACUGUAUCUUCUUUUGUUUAAGGUAACAUUGAGUGAAGGGCCAAACCACAUGGCUCAGUUUAAAGGGAGCUCUCAUCGAUAUGACCUUACUCAAGAAGAUGAGGUACAUGUUGCAACUUACAGAAGCAAGUAAUUUGAAUUCCCCAAAAAAUUUCACUUUCCCUUAAGGUAAUUCAAGAACAGAAUUCACUAGCCUGAUAACAAAAUUCACUAGCCUCGGGCUAUCGGACACAACUUUCUUUGGUUGCACACUAGAAAUGAGAGGGGGUGAACUUAUAAUUUACCAAGGUGGUGUUAAAUGUUGUGAGAAAUGAGGAGAAUGGUAGGGGAAAAGGGCGGAAGUAGGACUGAGGUGCUCAUCGCUAGCACAUGGAUGGUAAGGUGGGCAGAAAAUGAAGACCUAGAAACAAAGAGUGGUUAGAGUGACUGUUAAGCUGAUUUUGAGGGGAAGGGCAUCUUUCCUACUUUACUCGGGGUUCUGUAAAAAACUAGCCCCUGGUCAAAUCUGUUGAUAAUUGAAGAUCUUGUUGUUCCUUGCACAGCAUAUGCUGAGAUAGCUGUUUUGAACUAUUUUCAAGUGAUUUUGAGGGGUUCUUUGUUUUUGAGUCUUUGGUCUUUGGCCUUUGUUUUGUACCCACCCAGUAGAUGUGAGCUGUGUAAUGUUUGUACUCUUUCAGCUUAGAGCCCUCCGACAAGAAAUUGAAAUUCGAAUGCGGAACAGUGUAAAACGUGGACAAACAGUUAGUGGAGAGGUAGGGUUUUUUUUAUAAAUAACUUUUCAUGUAAUUGCUAAUAAGCUUACAGUCUUGCUGCGAGGCUUAGAGACCCAUUUGUGAGGUAGAGUAAUUAUUGUUUGUUAUUUUAUAUCCUUAUCUUCCAGGUAAUAUCACUUAGUGUGAAAGGGCCAGGACUUCAUCGGAUGGUGUUAGUUGAUCUUCCAGGAAUUAUUGGGGUUAGUUUUCCAAUAAUAUAUGUACAUACAGUUGAUUGGCUUUCUCUUAAAGCUAGAUUAAGUUUUUGCUUGUAGUAAAGCAUUUGUAUUGUUAAAAUACAUUCGAAGCUCUCCUUUUGACCACUCACGUAAGCGACCAGCUCAAGUUACGACCACCUUUGUGAAACCUCGUUUGAACUGUGACUUCAACUUUGUAGUGAAAAGCUCUGGUAAGUGACUGCGACCAUUUUUGGGAUUACUCACCGGAACUUUUCCUUUGUUUUUUAGCUCUCGUAGCCGACCACCCUAAAUUAUUUUACCAUGCGGUCCCUUUUGAGAGCUUCGACUGUAACUGAUUUAAGAAUUUUUCUUUUGCAGACAGUCACGGCUGGGAUGGCAGAAAACACCAGGGGUGAUAUUGUAGAAAUGAGCAGGUACAUAUUUUAUAUAUUCAUGCAGGGUUACUGCCUCCUCUGCAGGACUUCCCAAGGCUCAGUGGGGAACACGCGAGAGCUGGAGACAAGCGAGAAGCGCGAGAGGGGGAUGAUGAGAACGAGCGUAGAGCACAAGCUUUUUCUCCCCUUCUCACUACUCCCUUCGUCCCCUCCCGCUUUCCCGUAAAAAUCAACUCAAAAUAUCCCCAAAAAUUCAUCGCGAGCGACUGAGGACGAGGUUACAAAUAUUUUUUCUCAUCUUUUUUAAGAAAAGACGUCUGCAUGCGCAGGUGCGCAAAUGCAGUGCAGGCGUUUUCUUCGAGCGUGCGAAUCUUUUAGCUCCCUAAAGGUUGAUUUCCACUGACGCGUUUUUGGCUACUCACGUUAACGCACGUAAAUUUUAAUCACCUAAAUAAAAUAGAGGCAACAUAAAAAGUGCUGAGCUUAAACAAAAAGUUGAGCGAGUUUCAACUUUUACGCUUACGAGCGACCUUUCAUGCAUUGGCUCUAUUUUAUUUGUGAACGUAAAUUUUACGCACAUACGCACGUAAAAAUUACGCGACACUGGAAAUCAACCCUAAUGGUUGCUAUUUCUAUUCUUUUCAACCUUCCUGUGUCAUAAAAUCAAAGAUGGUGGCUACAACAACAAACAUAAAGAAGUUACUAUAGUUUUCACCGACCCAAAACACGCCUGCUCUACAGGCUAGAAAACAUUAUGCAAGACAUGAGAAUUUUUGUGAAAAUCUUUGUCUCCGCAACAGAAUUUUGUCGCAGUAACAAGACACGGAAAAUCAAACCGGACUGAAUUUGUGCGACUUGUUGCGGCGACAAAAUUCUGUUGCAGAGACAAAGAUUUUCACAAAAUUUCUCCAGUACACGCGAAGCGAUUUGUCGCCGCGAUGUGUCGGCGCAACAUGUUGGUGCAACUUGUCGCCUAGUGUGUACCGACCUUUAAAGAACGAGAUAUAUUAACACACACACUUUAUUUAACAAAAAUUAACCUUAUUUCUCUGUGCACUUCACCUGAUAAAAUUCGGGCAACAUGACUCAGCAUUUCGGGCGACAUAACUCCGGAAGAGAUGACUGUCAGGCGACUUGACCGGUUACCGUUUGCUCUGUGCUACUAAGAAUAUAGAAGAACGGUGGUGACAACAUGGAACUACACAUGGCGUAACUUAGACAUUCCAAGCCUAAAGUAGAUGUGUCUGGACCUCUUCUUAGAAGAGACCCCCUGUGGUUCGUUUCUUGUAAGCGACCACAUCCUGUAUGUGAUCAUUCAGUCUUUGUAUGUUUAUGGUCGCUUAUGGGAGGUUCGACUGUAUUGAUAUUGAUAUUAAGUUUUAUGAUAUAAUCUUAUGGUUUUUAUUUCCUAUUUUUUUGUUUAGAAAGUACAUGAAGAAUCCAAAUGCUAUCAUCUUGUGCAUACAAGGUAAGAAAAUAAAUUCUCGUAUUUUCUGGCUGAUGGUGAUCAUGACUAAAAAGAAAAGUGAAUAUUGUAUGCGAUUUGUUGUGCACAACAAAAUAAUAUGCCAAAACAAAAUAAUAAUGUAAAACCAAGUAAUCAGCACAAACAAAUAAUAGAGAUACUUCAGGGCGUGAAAUAAUUUUUUGACUGUUGCUGGUCAUGCCGAGCAGCCAAAAUAUAUUGACUGUUGUGUGGAAUUAUAAGGGGAAGGGGGAUACCCUGACUGUUGUUUAAGUCAAAAAAAGGAAACAAGCUUGCGAGAGGUACAUGGUGCUAAGUGUGCAGUUCUUAGAAAAUGAGUUUAGGGGGAACAUUUUUCGUCGACAGAUGGUGCCAUUGAUGCUGAACGAAGCAAUGUUACUGAUUUAGUGAGCAGCAUGGAUCCCGCAGGUAAGAAAAUUUCAUAUUUUGUAUUCCAUCCACUGAACCUCAAAGGUGAGUACAGUCCACUCUCUCGAAAGUGGAUACCUUUGGGGCGGCACUAAGUGCUUGUCAUAGAGAGAUUUUCAUCUUAUAGAGAGUCAAAUAAGGGGAGUAAAGAAAAGCAGGGACCAACUAUAGGUGACGGUUUUACUAAGGUGUGCUUAUCUUAUAGAGGUGUGCAAUAAGAGAAAAUCAACUGUACUUUCAAUGAAAAUCAUGCUGUUGGCAUUGAUGGAGUCAUAUGAAAAAAAUUCACUUUAUAGGGAUAGCACAGUAACUGGUAACCCAGUAGUUUUCAUUGAGUUGCCCCCAAAUGAGGACAGAACCAUAUAAUUCAAAUGAACUUAACGAGGUCAAGAAUCCCAAAUGGCAGAAGGCAAACCAGUUUUAUAUUUUACAAGCAUUUCCGAAAGGAGAUGAACUCGGGAUACCAAGAACAAAUCUAGUCAGCGGUUAUUUUAUUUAACAGGGCUGUCAUUAAGAGGCGGGAGCCGGGAAUUUCCCCCUAGCUACUAUAAACGUGGCCCCCGGCUACUUUCAAAGGAAUAUAGAAUAAAAAUAGAACCAAAAGAAAUCUCUUGCUGUUUGAUUCCCCACCUACUUUUCGUAUUUACCCGGCAACUUAAAAUCUUAGCGACAAUCCUGGGUUAAGGCGGGAAUUGAACUAUGGGCCCCAGAAUACAAUUCCAGCGCUGCCUCCCCCUAAAUUUCUGGGUUUGAAUCCUUUGAGAGCGUGGAAAGGGUCUUUUUUAGUAACCUAGAUUUCAUUUCAAGAUUUUUUGGACUUGUAAAAUUUAUUAGCAGGUGUAAAGGGACGUUAUUUUUGUUGGGUUUGCAGGAAAGAGGACUAUUUUUGUGCUGACUAAAGUUGACUUAGCUGAACAAAAUGAUGCUAACCCAAGCAGGGUAUGACUUUGUAUGCUCUUACUAAGAUCGAAAUACAGUCGAACCGCCCUUAAGCGACCACCGAAAAUGCAAAACUGAGUGGUCGCUUACGGGAGGUGCUCGUUUUCAAGAAUCGAACCACAGAGGGUCUCUUUCGAGGAGAGGUCUGAGCACAUCUACUUCAUGGAAGAUAAUUUUAUUGGAUGCAAUUUCUAAGUAACGCCAUGUGUAGUUCCAUGUUUUCUAAGUAGCAUAGUGCACACAGCGAAAAUAGAGACAAGAGAAUGCGUCAAGUGGUCCCUUACAAGAGGUUAAAAACAAUGGAAAAUCAUGAACUGUCAGGCCCAAAACGUAGUCGCGGUCGCUUACAGGAGGUGAUCGUUUACUAGAGGUUCCAACUGUAAGGCUUUGACUGGGAAAAUUAUUUUAUUUUGGAUUGGCGGUCGCUUAUGGCAGGGGGAAGAAGUGGUCGUACAUGGCGGUUCAACUGUAGUGCUUAUGUGGUUUUUCGCUCCUGCAUAAAGUUUCCUUCAUAUUUCAUGGCAGUAUUAACACACUGCGAUUACAUCUUAGUAUUCUGGUCAUGAUAACAAUUUUUUGCUAAUAUUAAUGGUCCUGCAUUUCACACUGAUAUUGUAGAUAAAACAGAUACUGGAAGGCAAGUUAUUUCCAAUGAAGGCUCUGGGCUACUUUGCUGUGGUGACUGGAACUGGUAAACAAUUAAACCUCUUUAAGUGCCUGAUAGUUUGAUGUCUCUCCGUGAAUUUCUAGAGCGUUUAACAUAAGGAUAUGCUAAUCUGUGUUGAUUCCUCUCUGUGUGUCGCCAGGAAACACAAAUGAAGGCAUUGAUACUAUCCGAAGCUAUGAAGAGGAAUUUUUCAGACAAUCAAAGCUUUUUAAGUGAGUGUCGAAAAUACGUCAUAGAUAUGAUAGGUUUAUCGAAGUUGUGUUCAAGUCAAAAGGAAAGUAGAUAGGUAUGACAACAGCGCCACUCCCAACCAAUCAGAGCCAGGAAAAAUUGAAAAACUGCCGUAUGCAUUUUCCCGCGCUUAACACUGGUAACCUACAUUUGCCUCAAAUUCUGAUUGUUUGUUUUGAUUCUCUGUCGUUGACCUGAUUGGCUGAAUUCAAACUUUGAUUGUAGUUAUUGAAAUAUAAGGUGACAUACAUCGCCAAACAGGUGCUGCGUUUUUGAUAACAAGGCUUUCAAUUAAGUUGUUAAUGGUUAUUUUUUGUAUUUUUGCUUCUUAGGUCUGGAGUAUUCAAAGCCAGUCAGAUGACAACCCAGAAUUUAAGCUUUGCCGUUUCCCACUGUUUCUGGAAAAUGGUUCGAGAGUCAAUUGAGCAGCAAGCAGAUUCUUUCAAAGGUUUGUUGUAUUGACGCUUUACAACGGUUUCGCUACUUAUCAAAUUCGCUACGUUCGAGUUUGCUACCUAAAUAUUCGUCUCGUUGCCUAUUGGCAAAGUCCAAAACUUGCACCCUCUGAGCGGCAAGUUUUAAUGUGCUUGACUGAUUUGGUGUGUGUUCUAUUCUGUUUUAACCGUUUGUAGUAAAGACCGUGGCCAGCAGAGAUCUUUACUUCUGGCAGAUUUAAAAACUCAGUUGAAAAUUAAAUUCCUAACAACUCUGCGACCAGUCCGUCUUAUUCUUAAAAUUUACACAGGCGACUGCAGACGCGCGAGUAAGAAGGUCUGUAGAUUGGUGCAAUCGGUAGAUCCGUGGAUCGUUGGAUCUGUAGAUCAAUAGAUCAGUAGAUCUGUAAAACGCUAGUUCGGUAGAUCGCUAGAUCGGUGAAUCUGUAGAUCACUAGAUCGAUGAACCUAGAGAUCACCACAUCGCUGGAUCAGCAGAUCGCUAGAUCGGUCGACCUGUAGAUCUCUGGAUAGAUAGAUCGCUAGAUCGGAAGAUCGCUGGAUCUUUAGAUCGCUAGAUUGGUUGAUCUGUAUAUCGAUGGGUCGGUAGAUGGCCUGAUGGCUGGAUCGGUAGAUCGCUACAUCGGUGGAUCUGUAGAUCGCUGGAACGGAAGAUCGCCGGAUCGGUAGAUCGCUAGAUCGCUGGAUGUGUAGGUCACUAGAUCUCUGGCUCUGUAGAUUAAUGGAUAGGUACAUCGCUAGAUCGGUGGAUCUGUAGAUCGCUAAAACGUAGAUCGCUGGAUCUGUAGAUCUAUAGAUCGCUGGAUCGCGGUUGUCGGCAGAUCGCGAGAUCGGUGAAUCGGUAGAUCGCUUGAAAUGUAGAUCGCUCGAUCGCCGGAUCUUUAGAUUGCUGGAUCCGUAGAUCUCUAGAUCGCUGAAUCCGUAGAUCGCAAGAUCGGUCGAUCUGUAGAUCUCUGGAUGGGUAGAUCGCUAGACCGGAAGACCGCUCGAUCUUUAGAUCGGUAGAUUGCUGGAUCUGUAGAUCGGUGGAUCUGUAGAUCGCUAGAUCGGUGGAUCUGUAGAUCGCUAGAUCGGUGGAUCUGUAGAUCUCUGGAUCGCUGCAUCUUUAGAUCCCUGGAUCUGUAGAUCGCUAGAUCGGUGGAUCUGUAGAUCGCUAGAUCGGUGGAUCUGUAGAUCGCUAGAUCGCUGGAUCUGUAGAUCGCCGGAUCGGUGGAUCUGUAGAUCCCUAGAUCGGUGGAUCUGUAGAUCGCUAGAUCGGUGGAUCUGUAGAUCGCUGGAUCGCUGGAUCUGUAGAUCGCUAGAUCGCUUGAUCUGUAGAUCGCCAGAUCGGUGGAUCUGUAGAUCGCUAGAUCGGUGGAUCUGUAGAUCGCUAGAUCGGUGGAUCUGUGCAUCGCUAGAUCGGUGAAUCUGUAGAUCGCUGGAUCGCUGCAUCUGUAGAUCGCUUGAUCGAUGGAUCUGUAGAUCACUAGAUCGGUGGAUCUGUAGAUCGCUAGAUCGCUGGAUCUGUAGAUCGCUAGAUCGCUGGAUCUGUAGAUCCCUAGACCGGUGAAUCUGUAGAUCGCUAGAUCGGUGGAUCUGUAGAUCGCCGGAUCUGUAGAUCGCUAGAUCGCUGGAUCUUUAGAUCCCUGGAUCUCUGGAUCUGUAGAUCGCUAGAUCGGUGGAUCUGUAGAUCGCUAGAUCGCUGGAUCUGUAGAUCACUGGAUCGCUGGAUCUGUAGAUCGCUAGAUCGGUGGAUCUGUAGAUCGCUGGAUCGCUGGAUCUGUAGAUCGCUAGAUCGCUGGAUCUGUAGAACGCCAGAUCGGUGGAUCUGUAGAUCGCUAGAUCGGUGGAUCUGUAGAUCGCUGGAUCGGUGGAUCUGUAGAUCGCUAGAUCGGUGGAUCUGUAGAUCGCUAGAUCGGUACAUCGCAAGAGCGGUGCAUCGGUACAUCUCAAGAGCGGUGGAUCUGUAGAACGCUGGAUCGCUGGAUCUGUAGAUCACUAGAUCAGUGGAUCUGUAGAUCGCUGGAUCGCUCGAUCUGUAGAUCGCUAGAUCGGUGGAUCUGUAGAUCGCUAGAUCGGUGGAUCUGUAUAUCGCUAGAUCGGUGGAUCUGUAGAUCGCUGGAUCGCUGGAUCGCUGGAUCUGUAGAUCGGUGGAUCUGUAGAUCGCUAGAUCGGUGGAUCUGUAGAUCGCUAAAUCGGUGGAUCUGUAGAUCGCCAGAUCGGUGGAUCGCUGGAUCUGUUGAUCGCUAGAUCGGUGUUUCUAUAGAUCGCUAGAUCGCUGGAUCGCUGAAUCUGUAGAUCGCUAGAUCGGUGGAUCUGUAGAUCGCUGGAUCGCUGGAUCUGUAGAUCGGUGGAUCUGUAGAUCGCUAGAUCGGUGGAUCUGUAGAUCGCUAAAUCGGUGGAUCUGUAGAUCGCUAGAUCGGUGGAUCUGUAGAUCGCUAGAUCGGUGGAUCUGUAGAUCGCUAGAUCGGUGGAUCUGUAGAUCGCUAGAUCGGUGGAUCUGUAGAUCGCUAGAUCGGUGGAUCUGUAGAUCGCUAGAUCGGUGGAUCUGUAGAUCGCUAGAUCGGUGGAUCUGUAGAUCGCUAGAUCGGUGGAUCUGUAGAUCGCUAGAUCGGUGGAUCUGUAGAUCGCUAGAUCGGUGGAUCUGUAGAUCGCUAGAUCGGUGGAUCUGUAGAUCGCUAGAUCGGUGGAUCUGUAGAUCGCUAGAUCGGUGGAUCUGUAGAUCGCUAGAUCGGUGGAUCUGUAGAUCGCUAGAUCGGUGGAUCUGUAGAUCGCUAGAUCGGUGGAUCUGUAGAUCGCUAGAUCGGUGGAUCUGUAGAUCGCUAGAUCGGUGGAUCUGUAGAUCGCUAGAUCGGUGGAUCUGUAGAUCGCUAGAUCGGUGGAUCUGUAGAUCGCUAGAUCGGUGGAUCUGUAGAUCGCUAGAUCGGUGGAUCUGUAGAUCGCUAGAUCGGUGGAUCUGUAGAUCGCUAGAUCGGUGGAUCUGUAGAUCGCUAGAUCGGUGGAUCUGUAGAUCGCUAGAUCGGUGGAUCUGUAGAUCGCUAGAUCGGUGGAUCUGUAGAUCGCUAGAUCGGUGGAUCUGUAGAUCGCUAGAUCGGUGGAUCUGUAGAUCGCUAGAUCGGUGGAUCUGUAGAUCGCUAGAUCGGUGGAUCUGUAGAUCGCUAGAUCGGUGGAUCUGUAGAUCGCUAGAUCGGUGGAUCUGUAGAUCGCUAGAUCGGUGGAUCUGUAGAUCGCUAGAUCGGUGGAUCUGUAGAUCGCUAGAUCGGUGGAUCUGUAGAUCGCUAGAUCGGUGGAUCUGUAGAUCGCUAGAUCGGUGGAUCUGUAGAUCGCUAGAUCGGUGGAUCUGUAGAUCGCUAGAUCGGUGGAUCUGUAGAUCGCUAGAUCGGUGGAUCUGUAGAUCGCUAGAUCGGUGGAUCUGUAGAUCGCUAGAUCGGUGGAUCUGUAGAUCGCUAGAUCGGUGGAUCUGUAGAUCGCUAGAUCGGUGGAUCUGUAGAUCGCUAGAUCGGUGGAUCUGUAGAUCGCUAGAUCGGUGGAUCUGUAGAUCGCUAGAUCGGUGGAUCUGUAGAUCGCUAGAUCGGUGGAUCUGUAGAUCGCUAGAUCGGUGGAUCUGUAGAUCGCUAGAUCGGUGGAUCUGUAGAUCGCUAGAUCGGUGGAUCUGUAGAUCGCUAGAUCGGUGGAUCUGUAGAUCGCUAGAUCGGUGGAUCUGUAGAUCGCUAGAUCGGUGGAUCUGUAGAUCGCUAGAUCGGUGGAUCUGUAGAUCGCUAGAUCGGUGGAUCUGUAGAUCGCUAGAUCGGUGGAUCUGUAGAUCGCUAGAUCGGUGGAUCUGUAGAUCGCUAGAUCGGUGGAUCUGUAGAUCGCUAGAUCGGUGGAUCUGUAGAUCGCUAGAUCGGUGGAUCUGUAGAUCGCUAGAUCGGUGGAUCUGUAGAUCGCUAGAUCGGUGGAUCUGUAGAUCGCUAGAUCGGUGGAUCUGUAGAUCGCUAGAUCGGUGGAUCUGUAGAUCGCUAGAUCGGUGGAUCUGUAGAUCGCUAGAUCGGUGGAUCUGUAGAUCGCUAGAUCGGUGGAUCUGUAGAUCGCUAGAUCGGUGGAUCUGUAGAUCGCUAGAUCGGUGGAUCUGUAGAUCGCUAGAUCGGUGGAUCUGUAGAUCGCUAGAUCGGUGGAUCUGUAGAUCGCUAGAUCGGUGGAUCUGUAGAUCGCUAGAUCGGUGGAUCUGUAGAUCGCUAGAUCGGUGGAUCUGUAGAUCGCUAGAUCGGUGGAUCUGUAGAUCGCUAGAUCGGUGGAUCUGUAGAUCGCUAGAUCGGUGGAUCUGUAGAUCGCUAGAUCGGUGGAUCUGUAGAUCGCUAGAUCGGUGGAUCUGUAGAUCGCUAGAUCGGUGGAUCUGUAGAUCGCUAGAUCGGUGGAUCUGUAGAUCGCUAGAUCGGUGGAUCUGUAGAUCGCUAGAUCGGUGGAUCUGUAGAUCGCUAGAUCGGUGGAUCUGUAGAUCGCUAGAUCGGUGGAUCUGUAGAUCGCUAGAUCGGUGGAUCUGUAGAUCGCUAGAUCGGUGGAUCUGUAGAUCGCUAGAUCGGUGGAUCUGUAGAUCGCUAGAUCGGUGGAUCUGUAGAUCGCUAGAUCGGUGGAUCUGUAGAUCGCUAGAUCGGUGGAUCUGUAGAUCGCUAGAUCGGUGGAUCUGUAGAUCGCUAGAUCGGUGGAUCUGUAGAUCGCUAGAUCGGUGGAUCUGUAGAUCGCUAGAUCGGUGGAUCUGUAGAUCGCUAGAUCGGUGGAUCUGUAGAUCGCUAGAUCGGUGGAUCUGUAGAUCGCUAGAUCGGUGGAUCUGUAGAUCGCUAGAUCGGUGGAUCUGUAGAUCGCUAGAUCGGUGGAUCUGUAGAUCGCUAGAUCGGUGGAUCUGUAGAUCGCUAGAUCGGUGGAUCUGUAGAUCGCUAGAUCGAUACAUCGCAAGAGCGGUGCAUCGGUACAUCUCAAAAGCGGUGGAUCUAUAGAUCGCUGGAUCGCUAGAUCUGUAGAUCGGUGGAUCUGUAGAUCGGUAGAUCGGUGGAUCUUUAGGUCGCUAGAUCGGUGGAUCUAUAGAUCGCUAGAUCGCUGGAUCUUUAGAUCGCUAGAUCGGUGGAUCUGUAGAUCACUAGAUCGGUGGAUCGCUGGAUCUGUAGAUUGCUACAUCGGUGUAUCUGUAGAUCGCUAGAUCGGUGGAUCGCUGGAUCUGUAGAUCGCUAGAUCGGUGGAUCUCUAGAUCGCUGGAUUUCCGGAUCUGUAGAUCGCUAGAUCGGUGUAUCUGUAGAUCGCUGGAUCGCUGGAUCUGUAGAUCGUUGGAUCUGUAGAUCGCUAGAUCGGUGCAUCUGAAGAUCGCUUAAUCGGUGUAUCUGUAGAUCGCUAGAUCUGUGGAUCUGUAGAUCGCUAGAUCGGUGGAUCUGUAGAUCGCUAAAUCUGUAGAUCGCUAGAUCGGUGGAUCUGUAGAUCGCUAGAUCGGUGGAUCUGUAGAUCCUUAUAUCGGUGGAUCUGUAGAUCGCUAGAUCGCUGGAUCGCUGGAUCUGUAGAUCGCUAGAUCGGUGGAUCUGUAGAUCGCUAGAUCGGUGGAUCGCUGGAUCUCUAGAUCGGUAGAUCGGUGGAUCUGUAGAUCGCUGGAUCGCUGGAUCUGUAGAUCGCUAGAUCGGUGGAUCUGUAGAUCGCUUGAUCGGUGGAUCUGUAGAUCGCUAGAUCGGUGGAUCUGUAGAUCGCUAGAUCAUUACAUCGCAAGAGCGUUGCAUCGGUACAUCUCAAAAGCGGUGGAUCUGUAGAUCGCUGGAUCGCUAGAUCUGUAGAUCGCUAGAUCGGUGGAUCUGUAGAUCGGUAGAUCGGUGGAUCUUUAGAUUGCUAGAUCGGUGGAUCUGUAGAUCGCUAGAUCGCUGGAGCUGUAGAUCGGUGGAUCUGUAGAUCGCUAGAUCGGUGGAUCGCUGGAUCUGUAGAUCGCUAGAUCGGUGGAUCUGUAGAUCGCUAGAUCGGUGGAUCGCUGGAUCUGUAGAUCGCUAGAUCGGUGGAUCUGUAGAUCGCUAGAUCGCUAGAUCGCUGGAUCUGUAGAUCACUGGAUCGCUGGAUCUGUAGAUCGCUAGAUCGCUGGAUCUGUAGAUCGCUAGAUCGGUGGAUCUGUAGAUCGGUAGAUCGGUGGAUCGGUGGAUCGGUGGAUCUGUAGAUCGCUAGAUCGGUACAUAGCAAGAGCGGUGGAUCGGUACAUCGCAAGAGCGGUGGAUCUGUAGAUCGCUAGAUCGGUGGAUCUGUAGAUCGCUGGAUCGGUGGAUCUUUAGAUUGCUGGAUCGGUGGAUCUGUAGAUCGCUAGAUCGGUGGAUCUGUAGAUCGCUGGAUUGCUAGACCUGUAGGUCGCUAGAUCGGUGGAUCUGUAGAUCGCUAGAUCGGUGGAUCUAUAGAUCGCUAGAUCGCUGGAUCUGUAGAUCGCUAGAUGGGUGGAUCUGUAGAUCGCUGGAUCGAUAGAUCGGUCGAUCUGUAGAUCUCUGGAUGGGAAUAUUGCUAGAUCGGAAGACCGCUGGAUCUUUAGAUCGCUAGAUUGGUGGAUGUGUAGAUCGCUGGAUCGGUAGAUUGCUAGAGCGGUGGAUCUGUAGAUCGCUGGAUCGGUAGAUCGCUAGAUCGGUGGAUCUGUAGAUCGCUGGAUCGAUAGAUGGCUAGAGCGCUGGAUCUGUGGAUUGUUAGGUCGAUGGAUAUGUGGAUCGCUUGACCGGUAGAUCCCUAGAUCGCUGGAUGUGUAGAUCGCUGAGUCGGCAGAUCGGUAGAUCGGGGGAUCGGUAGAUCGCUGGAUGUGUAGAUCGCUGGAUCGAUAGAUCGCUACAUCGGUCGAUCUGUAUCUCUCUGGAUCGGUAGAUCGCUAGAUUGGAAGACCGUUGGAACGUAGAUCGCUGGAUCUUUAGAUCGCUAGAUCGGUGGAUCUAUAGAUCGCUGGAUCCCUGGAUCUGUAGAUCGCUAGAUCGCUUGAUCGUUAGAUCGCUAGAUCGCUGUUGUCGGUAGAUCGCUCGAUCGGUGGAUCGGUAGAUCGCUGUAAAUGUAGAUCGCUAGAUCGGUUGAUCUUUAGAGUGCUGGAUCGGUAGAUCACUAGAUUGCUGGAUUCGUAGAUCGCUAGAUCGGUCGAUCUGUAGAUCUCUGGAUGGGUGUAUCGUUAGAUCGGAGGACCGCUGGAUCUUUAGAUCGCUAGAUUGGUGGAUGUGGAGAUCGCUGGAUCGGUAGAUCGCAAUACCGGUGGAUCGGUAGAUUGCUGGAAAUGUAGAUCGUUAGAUCAUUAGAUCGCUGGAUCCGUAGAUCGCUAGAUCGGUCGAUCUGUAGGUCUCUGGAUCGGUAGAUCGCUAGAUCGGAAGACCGUUGGAACGUAGAUCGCUGGAUCUGUAGAUCGCUAGAUCGGUGGAUCUAUAGAUCGCUGGAUCCCUUGAUCUGUAGAUCGCUGAGUGGGUUGAUCGGUUGAUCGGUUGAUCGAUAGAUCGGGGGAUCGGUAGAUCGUGGAUUUGUAGAUCGCUAGAUUGGUAGAACGCCGGAUCUGUAGAUCGCUAGAUCGGUGGAACAGUAGAUCGCUGGAUAGGUAGAUCGCUGCAUUUAUAGAUCGCUAGAUCGCUGGAUCUGUAGAUCGCUGUAACGUAGAUCGCUGGAUCUGUAGAUCGCUAGAUCGGUGGAACAGUAGAUCGCUGGAUAGGUAGAUCGCUGCAAUUGUAGAUCGCUAGAUCGCUGGAUCUGUAGAUCGCUGUAACGUAGAUCGCUGGAUCUGUAGAUCGCUAGAUCGCUGGAUCUAUAGAUGGCUGGAUCUGUAGAUCGCUGGAUCUGUAGAUCGCUGGAUCGUUAGAUCGCUAGAUCGCUGGAUGUGUAGAUCAGUAGAUCGCUGGAUCUGGAGAUCGAUGGAUCUGUAGAUUCCUAGAUCGCUGUAUCGCUAGAUCGUUGGAUCCGUAGAUCGCUAGAUCGGUCGAGCUGUAGAUCUCUGGAUCGAUAGAUCGCUAGAUCGGAACAGAUUAAAAAAUUGGAAUAACCCAGUAUAGCGAUAUAUCUGGUAUAUAGUAUGUAGAUCGCUGAAUCUGUAGAUCACUAGAUCAGUGGAUGUAUAGAUCGCUGGAUUUGUAGAUCUGUGGAUCUGUUGAUCGCUGGAUCGGUAGAUCGCUAGAUCGCAGGAUCUGUAGAUCGGCAGAUUGCUGGAUCUGUAGAUCGCUAGAUCGCUCGAUCUAAAGAUCAGUGGAUCAGUAGAGAAUAAAGUUGGUAGUUGGUAGUUCGUAAUAGUCAUUUGUCUGACAACACUUAGGCCGACGGUUCGCUCGUUUUACCCCUGUCUCUCCAUCAGUGCUUCGUUUUACGGGUGUUUAAAGCUAUUUAAAGAAGUCGAAAGAAGGAUUUGAGGUCACACCUGGGAAUCGAACCCGAGACUUCCUGUUCAGAAGGCCGCGCACUAAACAACUACGCUAAUCCUUCCUCCUAGUAGAUCUGUGAAACGGUGGAUUGAUCGCUACAUCGGUUGAACUCAGUGUAGGUCAAUGGAUGAGUAGAUCUCAUUCUGUAGAUCGAUGGAUCGGUGGAUUUGUAGAUCUGUAUCGGUGAAUCUGAAGAUCAGUGGUUCAGUAGAUCUCUAGUUCGGUUGAAUGCUACAUCGGUGGAACUGUAGAUUAAUGGAUCAUUAGAUCUGUGGAUCGCUAGAUCGGUGGAUCUGUAGAUCAAUGAAUCAGUAGAUCUGUAAAUCGAAGGAUCAGUGGAUCUAUGGUAGAUUGCCAGAGCGGUGGAUCUGUAGAUCAGUGGAUCAGUAGAUCUAUAGUUUGGUGGAUUGCUAGAGCGGUGGUUCUGUGUAUCAAAUUAUUGGAUCAGUGUUUCUGUCAUGACUGAGGAGGGCGGGAGCCUUAAACGCACGUUGUCAUUUUCGUGUCUCGCGCGUUUUUCUUGAUGGACGUAGAAAAAAAAGGGAGACUGCUCGUAGACUAUAACAAGGGCAGUAACAAUAAGAAAAAAAUGAUACUAAAGAAUGUGAAGUGGGAUGAACUAUUAGCCAAACAAAAGACACAUCGUAAAAGGGGUGUUUACUCGGUGUAAGUUAAUAAGCGUGUAGUAAUAAAAGCGUCUGUUUUUUGUUUCAGCCAAAAGGUUUAACCUUGAAACAGAAUGGAAAAACUUCUUUCCAAAGCUACGAGAAUUGGACAGGGUAAGUUAUAUAUUCUGUCAUACUUACUCCAUGUGACGAGGGAAUAUUAUAGUCGAGUAAGCCAUCUCUGCUUCAGCUAGGUGGGUGUCCUGUGUCUCCUUUGCCUCUCAACUUUGUUGUAAACUGGGUGUGACGAGCGAGCACUGUCUUAUUUCUUAUUAUCAAAUCACUGCUGAAGUAAAACGUCAGGAUCAUAAAGACAAAGGCCAUCACUAAACAAUACAUUAUGUUUUGAUUUCAAGUAAAUUAGUGCCGUGAAUAUCUGUAGAAAAGUGUGUAGAAUUAGCAAGUUGAUAGCGGGGUUUACCCAUGUACAUGUGUCCCUGAAGCCUCACACUCAAACGUAACCAGGGUCAAUUGAAACAAAAUUUCCAAAUUUCCACCUUACAAGAUGGCAUCAUUCACUUUGGGAAUGAAAGGGUUAACAGAGCGAAUUAGUUUCAUAAUGAUAUUCUAUAUUGGUCUCUUUACAGAAUGAGCUGUUUGAUAAAGCUCGUAAUGAAAUCCUGGAUGAGGUGCUUACACUCAGUGAAAUCACACCUCAGAUGUGGGAAGACAUCAUCACUAAGCAUCUGUGGUCAGAGGUCGCUUCACACUUCAUAGAAAACAUUUACCUUCCCGCGGCGCAAGCGAAUAAUCCCAGUAAUUUCAGUACUUCUGUGGACAUCAAGCUUAAACAGUGGGCGGACAGAACGCUUCCGAAUAUUUCGGUCAAGGUAUGUGAAGCGUAUUGAAUUCAUUUUAACUUUAGCAUCUGUUUACCUUAUUUUCUGUGCUAUUCCUGUUACGUAACAGGAAAAUGGUCGUUAUCUCUGCGUAAUGACCACGUGACCUGUCUGACCCUGAGUCCCAGGCACCUAUCUUCUUAGAGCUAAUGGACGUCGUGGAAUGUCCUUGUUUUUAUUCUUGCCUCUUUUCUGUUGACCUAAACGUGACACACUUAGGUUUAGGGCGUAAGUAAUACCCAUUUAUUUGCUCAUUCUUGAAGGAUUCCCUUGCUUAUAGACGUGCAAUCUUGUGGAAAACUAUCAGUUUGAACGAGCAUGGAGUCUCCAAUAGAAAUCAGAAUGAGAUGUGCCAUCGACUGAAUUCAAUGUUGUGUCACCUUAAACUGUCCGGUAUCAAAAUGAUGAUUUUAUUUUACAAUAGUUGAUCAUUUUUUACGGUAAAUAUUGCACAUGUCUGAUGUUAGCUGUUUUAUUUUCUGUUUUAGUUAAUACAUUUCCUUAUAUUACACACAACCCCACAAGCUUGUUGGUUUUAUCAUUUUCCUGUAAAAAUAAAAGUCUUCUUCUUCUUCUUUGGAUGCUUAUUCCGAAGCGCGGCUUAUACGUACAACACACUUGUAUUAAAAGGUCGUUUCUUCUCUUGCAGGUUGGUUGGGAAACGUUGUUCGGGGAGUUCUACAAGGCGAUGCAGGUAGACGUUUGUUAAACUGUUUUGGUCCUGUUAUUGUUAGUUCUGUGGAGAUUCGUUGAAAAUACAGGAAAUAGUUUUUACCUCUGCCCUCUCACAAAUCUUGCCAGAAGAAAAGGGUGAAGAGAUUAUAUUGGAUUUUAUUAGAUUUUACACUUCACUUGUUGUUGUGGCCGUAAUGUAUUAAGACUGGAAGUGAAAUAUGUUGCUAAGCUGCCCAAGGCGGGCCCUCAUUCCCCCACAGAGGCCUCUUUAGGGAGUUUAAGCAACAACGGCGGCGACGGCGACGGCUACGAAAACGUCACUUAAAAAGUGAAGUCGUGCUGCCUCAAACUUUAUCGCGCAUAUUUCAACUCGUUGAAUUCGUCAAAUGUUGGCAAAUUUUUGUGGAGUUGAAUUCUAAGACUGUAUCAAAGUUCAAGAAAAAAAAAGAAGGUUGUUGUCUUCUGUUCCCGUCCUCGACAAAGCGUGAAAUUAGACAGUUUCACGUUGUAAUCGUGCAACGACGGCUUAGAAAUGUACAAAAAUGCGUGAUGCACGUGCAAAGUUGUUGUUUUGCUAAUAUCAACCUAUUGGUUUUUGCCGUUCUCGUUGCCGUCGCCGUCGUCUUUGCUUAAGCUCCCUUUGGUGUCCUGGGGAGGCUGGACAAAUGGAUUAUUGUUAUUUUUUUUGUUGGAAUACCCAGUGGGAGCCUCCGGGGAGGAGAGGGACAGGCUUGUUUUCGAAAAGUAACUCAGUUGUUUGUUGUCACGGUUUAGGAGCAAAAGAAUGAGAAUGGACACAGUCAUUUGUUUGAAGAGUUGAAAUCUGAACUAUCAGACGAAUGUAAAAAGAGUCAUGUGUGGCAGCCCAAAGCAGUCGACAGCCUGGUAAGAUUAAAACGAGUGUAAAUAACUUUCGGUGGUGUUGUUGUUUUUUUUUAUGCUGAAGAUCAAAACUAUGAUAAACUUACAGACUUUAUUCCUGCCCGGCCUACAAACAAAGAAAAAAAUAAUGAUUCAAUUUGAUAUUGGUGAAUCUGCCCUGGCAAUAUUCUGUUAAUUUAUUAUUCUAUUUUUAAGCCUCGACUUUGUAGAUUUUGUGUAUAAAGUUUUCAUUUACGUCGAAUUUACUAUCUUAUCUUUUUAAUGUACAUAGCGUGUAAUUCAACUGACGGCGCUUGAAGACUGGUCUGUAAGUGAAAAACAGCAAUGGGACUCUGCAGUGAAAUUCAUGGAAAAUACCCUGCAGGGAGAAUUGGAUAAAGGUAAUAAGGAUUUCUAGGAAUGCUGAUAUACUAACAUCAUUAGCUCUCAAGGGGUCCUAGAUCGAAAUGGAGACUUAAAUUUCCUUGAGUUUGAAACAACAUGUUACUGAGCGUAGAAAAGUCACUACUGAUACUCAAAAGUGUUGGGAAAGCUACUACUUUAACCUCUUUUUUUCCUUCCUCCCGGCUCCCGACCCAAUGUUGUACAAAACUAAGUGUUUGUGAGCGUAAAUGUUCUGUUAUUUGCCAACAUUCGAACAUUGAAUAGGAGGGACGGAAGGGGGGGACAUUUAUUUCGCAAAAGGCUAGUAGUAGCUUUCAUGUGAAUGGUGACACCGUAGGAUUUCAUCCACAGAGUCAAAAUUUAGAACCACCAUCUACAGGAAAAUAAACAGUACCACAGGAAAGUACUGCUCAGUAGCUUUCACUUGAAUGGUCACACCAUAGGAUUUCAUCCACAGACUCAAAAGUUAAAACCACCUUGUAGAGCAUAAUAAACAGUACCACAGAAAAGUACUGCUCAGUAAUUCGAAUCGUGACACACUGUCGGAUUUCGUCCACGCAGUCAAAACUUCCAACCACCGUCUACAGGAAAAUAAAUACUUCCAGAGGAAAGUUGUGAAAUGUCAGAAGUUUGCUGUUGAAACGUGAAGCACACUAACUAAUAUGCUGGAUAACUUGUCUGAUAUUUUAGCCUCCCAGAAAAUGUACGAGUUGCUUGGCCCCGGGGCAGCUGAAAGAUGGCUAUACUGGAGAUCAAGAACAAGAGAGCAAGUAAGUUUAUCUUUUAACUUCGGGAAAAAAAACGCUGUUUUUUGUCUCCGUUCACUUUAAAUAUCUUCUCCGAAAUAUUUUUCGUCAACUAUAUUCAUUGGUUUCCAUACAGAAAUUUCAUGAAAAUUUAACUCAACAACGCAGUGUUCUAAACUUUACUUAAAACCUUUUUUUCCUUCGUAUCUUGAUUCUGUGUGGCAGGCUUUGGUUGAUUUAUGGCGAGGAACAGAGGAGUAGAAACUAUGAUAUGCAAAGAAGUCUUUUUCCCACCUUUUGAAAACUCUUUUCCUGUUUUUUUUUUCUUGUUCUUUUAGCAAUGUCGCUGUUAUAUUAAAGACGAGCUUCAACGAUUGCUUCAAGCAAACGAUGUAAGUAGGAUGUUUCAGCAUAGGCUUUCAAUAGUCUAGGUAGGUUUCUCUGCGUCAGGAUUGCUGUUUAUGCAAAUCUGAGUGAAGUAAGAACAUGGAUGUUGUUGUGAGAGAAUUGAGUCGUUUUUAUUUAUCUGUUUGUUUAAAUUUUCCCGCAGCAUCACGGGCCUACUCUUGCCGAUGAUGAACUGACCACCGUCAGAAAAAAUCUAGAAACGAUUAACGUGGAGGUUUCCUCGGAUCUGGUGCGUAGAUUUAUCUUUGUAAUCGGUAACCGUAAAUUAUCCUUCCUCAUGUGUGUUCCCAUUUAUUUAACGACUUUUGUGGGUACGAUAAGGAUAGAGCUCGCCAAAGUAUAGUUUUUAAAGUGGAAUGGCCGGUUAUGAAACCCGUUAGACUCCUUUGUUAAAUGUUUUUUGUUAGGUUUUUGGAUCUGACCGUGCGCAACGUUUAAUAACAUUCCUAUCAUUUUGAACUUACCGACCAAGCUCAGGUUGUUCAAAAGCUGGAUAGCGCUAUCCAACUUUUGAGCAACUGGGGCCAAAUGAAUAGAAACAUCGCAUUAAUUUAUCAUUCACAAUCGCUGAACAAAAAACAAAUGACUGUGCACGGUCAAAGAGGAUCCAACAUCAGGCACAGCACCGUUGUUUUCAACUUUGAUGUUUGCCGGCUUUCGUAACCAGUCUCCUCUACUAAGCAGCUGACGACCUACCUAAAAAUCCCUGUCGUAUUCCCCCGGCCAGGGGGCCCAGGUAUCUGCGUCGUACUUUGUUUUGGUACUCUGUGGUUACCGUUUGACGCCUUGUACGGUUGUCCUCGGUGGAGGACUGUGGCAGUUUGUCGCCAUCGCAAACUGUAUGCAAAAAAAAUGAGACGAGGGCUAUUUUGAAUGCGGAAUGGCCACUUUGCUAUACUUCUAGAAAAUUUAUAGCUGGUAUUACGUAAAGGUUGUUGUUGCUGGUGUGAGCUGAAAUUACUUUUUUCUACCUCAUAGGUUAAUGAAACUUGGAGUCAAUUGUACCGCGAGCAUUUUCUAAAGCAGUCGUUGAACAACGUUCAAGAGUGUAGAAAUGCUUUCUACAGACGAGAUCUAGUUAAGAACGAGGUAAACUAUUUAAUCUGAGCGCUUUAAAAUACGUCUUUGUAAGUGAAUUGCCCAAGUAACAACGGGUUACGGGGCACAUUGCUGUUCUAGGUCGGUUCUGUGCUGAAUUCAUUAAUUAAUGCCUUCACCCGUUCACAAAAUUAAAGUUGCUGUGGAGGUAUGAAGAAGAUAUCGAACGAAUUUCAUCAGGAAGCACUAACCAUAAUUUUUUGGUGAUAGUUUUUGCUGGCAUAUCAUUAAAACUUGAAAAAGUUGGCCCAACUAUUUCAAGUUUCUGAAUCCAUAUUCAUCCUUGCCAUCCGCUCCAACAGAGGACAGUAAAAGUGUCCAUGCCUAAUCAUAGUCUUAAAUCACAAAACUGGACCAUUAGUUUUAGAAUUGAAGACCUCCCCCCUGGAAAGGGAAUCCAAGACAGUCUAGGAUUCUGGAUUCCACCUCUUGGAUCCAGGAUUCAAGGUACUGGAUUCCAGAUUCCAAUCAGUAGUGAGAUUCCGGAUCCCUUGAUUUGUAUUCCGCAUUCUAAAGCCCAAGAUUCCAGAAUCCACAAACAAAUAUUUCCACAAGCAAACAUUUCCUGGAUUCCAGAAUCCAAGACAGUCUUGGAUUCUGGAUUCCUCACCGUAUAUUCUUGAUUCCUGAUACUGGAUUCUAUAUUCUUUGUCAGUGGAAUUGGGAUUCCGGAUUUCAAUCGUUGAUGGGAUUCUGGGUUCCUUGAGCCGUAGCCUAGGAUUCCGGAUUCCACAAAUCAAAAUUUUCCUGAUUCCAGAUUCCACAAGCAAAAAUUUCCCGGAUUCCCGAAUCCGGAUUCGCUUACAUGGGGCGAAAGACGGGUUUUAGCUUUUUAACCCUCUUAUUCUCGAUAGUGACCAACAUCAAUUUUCUCCUAACGAUAUCCAUACAAUGUCAAGAGAUUAGGUUAUGAGAAUUAAUAAAAUGAUCACCAAAGAGAAAAUGCCAGGUCUAUUAUUAAAUUCUCACCACUGAUUCUUAAAGAAAAUGUAUGAAGAUCAGUUUGGAGAAUUUGUAUGUGGAUGUGGAUGUUAGGGCUUAAAGGGUAGCAAACAAAAAACAGCGUGACAUAGCCCCUUAUUUGUAUUUUCCCUCUCUGUUCAGCUGGGCUGCAACGACGUGGUCCUUUUCUGGAGAAUUCAGAAAAUGCUUCAAACGACGAGCAACGCCAUCAGGCAACAAGUAAUGAAUCAUGAAGGUAAAACGUUAAUCUGCACUGAAGUUACAAAAGAUUCUAACAACCAACCGAAAAUUAAGCCCAGUCAGCGAUCAUUUGCAAUUUUUUAAUGAACGGGCGCAGCCGAUCAUUUCUCUGCCGCAUUCAGCGCGCGAAUGCCAGUGGCGGGAAAAUUUAAUCCUUGAGGUGCCGCCGGUAGUGGCGGGAAAACGCCGUGCCACUUUCCUUUGCCUGGAGUAUUAUUCAGUAUUUUCUCUAUGGAUGCUUCUGGACUGGGACAGGGUUCGUAUGGGUCAUGGAAAACCUGGAAAUUCUUGAAAUGUACGAAUUUCAAUUUCCAUGGUUGGGUUCAAUUUAAUAAAACUUCUGCAAGUGUAAUUUACAAGUGUAGCUAUUGUUUUGAGACCCUAAAACAAUGGCUGCACUUGUAAAUUACACUUGUAAAAGUUUUAUUAAAUUGACCCCUGAAGAAUCAUGGAAUUUAGUAGUCUGUCUUGGAAAGUCAUGGAAACUACUUUUGGUAGAUUAGUUACUGAUGGUAAAUCAAAGACAAAGUAGAAUGGAGACAAGUCAUUAAACUGCGCGAAGGGCACGCAUCUUAGUGAAGAUCAGAGUUUGUAUGUUGAAAAGAGUGAGGUCAAAAAAUUUUCUGAAAAAAAGGAAUAGUUAACUUUCAAAAUGGAAAACUUUCAAAGGCUCGUAGAAAAAGUUAUUGAAAGUCAUAGACUUCAAAGAGGUCAAAAGAGUGGGUACCCUGUGAGCGAUUAUCGUUCCAACGUUUUCCUUUUUUCUGAAGGGAUUCCAUUAUUUUCUUUAUUCAAAAAUUCUUACGUGGUAGCAGUAUAUGUUUUAUUAACCGUCGUUGAUCUCAAAUAUUUCACUGUUUGUUUUAGCUCGCCGAUUAGAAAAAGAGGUGAAACAAGUUCUAGAUGAAAUAAGUUACGACUCAGCAGCUAAAGAAAGACUUAUUCGUGGAAGACAAGUUGAUCUAGCUGAAGAACUAAGUAAGUAAAAUGCAAAUGCAGUCGUCGUGCGCACGUUGUGGCAAAAGACCAUAUUCGAUACAGCUAUUUCGAGAAAGGUGUCGGAAAAAGUGCACGCGACAAUCCCGAAAGGUAUUGUGGGUGGUUUGGGGUUGACUGUUCUUCAAAGAAAUUUGAAAGAAUGGCACGAGAGGCCAUGGAUGUAUGUUUGCGAGUGCUAAGGAAAGCAACAAUAGAAGAUUCAACAGCUACAGUGUCAGGAACAGCGUAUUGAUCAUAUCCCAUAUUACCUUUUGGGAUGGUCGCGUGCACAUUUUUUCCGACAACCUUUCUCGAAAUAGCUGUAUAUUAAAAAUCAUACUUCGCUCCUUGGCUUGGGGGAAUAAAACAAAAGAAAUGUAUUUUUUAUUACUGAGCCUCAAGAUGAUUUUUGUUUUCGUUUUAUUCCCCAAGCCUCACAGCGAAGUAUGAAUUUUAAUAUAUCGGAAUUGGUCUGCUCGUAUAGUGUGACGUCAAAGGACCAUUCUUUAAGAAAGGUGCUCGUAUUGGCUUUUUCGGAGUUGCGUAGGGAACUGGGGCGGGUUUCAAAUUUAAACUAAUCGAUAAACUGACACCACCAUAGAAAAGGUCAUGUUGAGAUUGAUACAAGUCGUACAAACCUCUGUAAUUUUGUGACAGCGUCCCCCAAAACCAUUUAAACUCUUAAUUUUUUUCACGAUUUCUGUGAUAUUUCUAAAAAUGGGCAAACAGUGAUUUUCAAAUUAGUUCCUUCCAAGUAGUAGAUGCGUGACGAAUUUUACAGUGUAAAAGAAAAAUUGAAAAAUUUUAAAGAGGUUAUAUGGUUUUGGGGGACGCUGUCACAAAAUUGUAGACGUUUGUAUGAUCUUUAACCAUGUUUCAAGAGUCAUAGCUUGAUCCCUGUUCAACUUCAGAGCAUCAAACUUGGUCAGAUGAGCAAUCUCAACAUGACUUUUUAUAUGAUGGUGUCAGUUUAUCGAUUAGUUGAAAUUUGAAACACGCCCCAGUUCCCUACGCAACUCCGAAAUGGCUAAUUGGAGAGGUAAAGAGAGCUAUCAAUUUAUAGAACCUAAAAAUGAAGAUUUGGCUAUUUCAGGCCUCUUCUCGCGAAAAGAAAAUUCUUUCCUGUGUGACACCAUAGUUAGUAGAGGAGACUGGUUAGGAAAGCCGGCAAACAUCAAAGUUGAAAACAAUGGUGCUUUAGUUCACAAAUUGUGACUGAAUAAAUUAAUGCGAUGUUUCUAUUGGUCAGUAAGUUCAAAAUGAUAGGAAUGCUACUGAACGUUGUGCACAAUCAGGUCCAAAAAGGUACAAAAACCUAUAACAAAGGAGUCUCACGAGUUUCCGAACCAUUCCACUUUAAUAACUAUGGUGACACUGAAUAAGUUUAAAAACUGGAAAUUAACCCUUUUAGAAGAUGAACAUCAGCGCCUUUGUAAGGUAGUUUCGAAAUACGCCUGGGAUGUUUGUUUUGUUUUGUGGGAUUUUGAAAGCAAAUAAAGAGAGUAAAGUUUAAAAAUGUUUCCAGGCUUAGCACAUCAAGAAGUUUAGGUUCAAACAGGCGGAUCAUCCAGCCAGCCGGGUUGUCUUAAUUGACAAAAGAUCCAGCUGAGACCAAAUGAAUUGUCUUCUUCAUGUGAGGUGUCUCUGCAAGUUAUUAUCACUUUUGGAACUAACUAUAAUGGCGACUGCUUUAUGUCCUCGAUUUUACUAUCAGGAGCAAUGUCCGUCCAUGCUUUGUCACCUAUUUAACUGUUUUCCUGCUAACUCAAUAUAAUUAAUGAUUAACUGUUAGUGAUAGCAGUGUCCAAUGGAUUGCUGAAUAUAACUAUAACCACCAACAUUAUUUUCCGUCUCGUGAAUAUUCAGUGAUGCAGGAAUUGCAGCGUAAUAGCGUUUCUGUUUGUCAGCCUCGAUAGAAACAGUUUUAGAUUCUCAGCUUGGUAUUAGUAAUGUUUGAAUUUCUAGCAGUUUGGAAAAAAAGUGUUUCCUUUGUAACAGUAUAGUUUUAAUGCCCUCAAUGUAGUUUUUAAAAAUUUUUACCUGUGUCUAAUGCAUUCAACCUAUUGUCUUCCGCUUUAAAAUCGAUGAUAUUUGUUUCUGGUUUCAUUUUCAGAGCGUGUGAGACACAUUCAGGAAAGUUUGGAACAAUUCAUAGAGUCUUUAAACAAUGAAAAGUAGGACAGCUAUGGCGAAGGUGCUACAAUGGGGCAAAGAUCGGAGAUUUUUUGCACAUUUUCUGUCUCUUUGGAUCUCGAUUUGUUGUGGAAUUUCUUGGUUAGACGGCAAGGCAAAGACGAAGCCACCUGGUGAUUGUACAUUUGCGGUCAUUGUAAAGUUAUUAACGUAAUUAUCAAUCGAAACAAUCACGCCUUCAUUUUUACACGCUGAAUACUUGGCUGUUCAAGUUUGUGUGUGAAUUUGAAGCUAAAGGAUACUAUUCAGCCAGUGAUAUUUUCAUGUGUGUUGGUUGGUGUAAUCUUCAAUAAGUAAAAUUCCUUGUUCAGGUAAUUAAGUAUGGAAUUUUAGAGUAUCAUAUAUCGAUAAUAAACCAUUCUAUAAAAGGAAAGGUGUAAGACUUAAACGUGCGAGUCUUUCUAUGUUUUCAAAGCGCAAGGUUAAAUUCCAGAC